AUGGAUCAAGCCGUGGUGGAUGGCUUGCUUAACCUCCGCCUUACCAGGGAGGAGGAAGAAGAAAUCACAAUCACAACUAGGUGCAGAUCAGAUCUACUAGAAGAAUGCAACCUAAGUCUGUUUGGCCGGUUGUUAUCGGACAGACACCAAAAUCAGAGAGCUCUGAAAUCCACAUUGAGAUCAGCUUGGAAGAUGGGUUCGGACUUGCAAAUUGUGGAUGUGGGAAACAAUGUCUUGCAGUUCAAAUUCAGUUCUGAAUACCAGUUGCAGUGGGUAGAAAAGAAUGGGCCAUGGAAUUUUGAUAACAAUCUCUUGUUGCUGUGCAGAUGGAGAAGAGGCCUAUCAAGCACAAACAUCACCUUUACCCAUUCCCCCUUUUGGGUUCAGAUUUGGGGGCUCCCCUUUGAGCUUAUGGCAGAGGAGGUGUGUAGAGACCUGGGAAAUAGCCUAGGGAGGUUUAUAGAAACUGAUCGACGAUCUGGGCAAACGGAUCAAGCCAAGUUUAUGAGAGUUAGAGUGGACCUUCAACUGGAUAAGCCUCUUAGGCGUGGGGGCAGAAUAGCUAGCGUGGAGGGUGAAAAAUUUUGGGUAAGUUUCAGGUAUGAAAGACUUCCGACCUUUUGUUUUCAUUGUGGUAGACUUGGGCAUGAUUUAAAACACUGUCAGGAAAUUUCAAACAACCAAAGUUCAUCCAAUCAAUAUGGCGAUUGGCUCAGAGCUCAGGGAAGCUCUAAAACAGGUGGUGAUAGAUCACGGUCCACAAGCAGUGGGGGAAAAGAUGAUAGUAAUGAAGAUAAGGUUGAAGAGCAUAUUCCAUCCACGGCCAAGAAUUCAUACACCUCUGCCAUGGACGGUGGAGGAAGCACUUCAGGCAUCGGUGGCCGGAUUGAGAAAAAUCAGAAUACGGGGAAAGAGAAUGACAUCAUUGGAGAUAGAGAGAACCAGCCAGAGAAAGCACAGAAUGGAUGGGACAACUCCGCACGUCUAGAGCAGGUUCCAAUGCAUGUGUCAGGGGCACGUGAUGCUGCUGGUACUCCCCAUCUUAGUCUCCCGCGAAGUUUCAAAAUUGAAAAGGAAGCAGUGGAUGCCAUGUCCUUAGUGGGCCAGCCGGCCCAAACUGAAAAAGACCCAAUGGAAGUUAAUAGCCCACUGAAGCAAACGGAGGAAGCACAGCUAAGGUAG